ACUGAACCAUUUCAUUAAGCCGAGAAAUCGAGAGAUCUCAGCGCUAAGGAUGGCUCAGCUAGCGGGCCGUCUUAUCGUGCCUCUGGCGGUUGGUGUUGGUUUGCUUCAGGCCAGUUUAUACGAUGUACCAGGUGGUUACCGUGCUGUUAUGUUCGACAGGUUCUCUGGGGUGAAGGACGAGGCCUCUCCAGAAGGAACCCAUUUCCUCGUACCCUGGAUCCAGAGAGCUAUUCUCUACGACUGCCGCACAAAGCCGAGGAAUAUUUCAACAACUACUGGCUCGAAGGACUUGCAAAUGGUGUCAAUCACUUUGCGUGUUCUCUCACGUCCAGACAUCAAGCAUCUUCCAAAGAUCUACCAAACUCUUGGCAUGGAUUAUGAUGAACGCGUCCUCCCAUCCAUCGGGAACGAAGUUCUCAAGGCUAUAGUUGCCCAGUUUGAUGCAGCUGAGCUGAUUACCCAGAGAGAGCUGGUUUCUUCAAGAAUUCGUGAGGAUCUUCUGCAGCGCGCUAGCGAAUUUCACCUCAAAUUGGAGGAUGUUUCCAUCACUCAUCUAACCUUCGGAAAAGAAUUCACUGUGGCUGUCGAAGCGAAGCAGAUUGCUCAGCAAGAUGCUGAACGUGCUAAGUUCAUAGUGGAGAAGGCGGAGCAAGAGCGUCAAGCUGCCGUUAUCCGAGCCGAAGGCGAGGCAGAGGCUGCUGCCACAAUUUCCCGCGCUUUGGAUCGUGCUGGCGAAGCCUUCGUCACAUUCCGAAAAAUUGAGGCAGCCAAAGCCAUCGUGCAGAGUCUCAGCCAAAAUAGGAAUGUCACGUAUCUGCCGACUGGCGGACCGAACGGAAGUGGGAUUCUGUUGAAUGUACCAGCACAACAGCAAUGAUUCGUGGUCGUUCUUCUGUAUUCUAUGGAUCAUCCUGUCUACUUCAUAGGUAUCCAUUGCACAACUUACACCAUGAAAGGGGGCUUUCCGGUUAUGGAAUAGUACGAGAAGAAAUAAAUAGGUACAAGGCGCGCCCAACGGAAGAAUCGGGGAACACUCAUCUAACGCAGAAGUUCAAGCAUUAGGGAAAGAUCGUACGGAACUCCAAUCGUCGUCAUCGAUUAUUAGCCAUUCGGAUUCCGAAGGGGUUCGAUUUUUGUUGACCCCUUGUCGUCCUGGAGAUUGAGAAAAGGGCUCUCGUCAUCAUCGUUAUCCGGUCCAUCUCCGUUAACACUGCUGUUCGCACCGCCUUGAGAGGAGCCCGUCGUGGUAUCACUAUUGAUGAGAGUGGAUUUCCAACCUCUGGAUCGCAUGUCUUCGUAGAACGUGUUGGCGGAGUUCAUCUUCUGCGCCUCUUCGUCUACGCG